AUGCAGAAUUGUUACCCAAGUAAUCCUGUGAGCUCGUUUAAUGGAAAUACAAAUACAGGAAACAAGAUAGAUAUGGGCGAUAGUCAGAAUGCUAAUAAGAUAUGCCAGUGGUACUGCUGUUCAUGUGGACAAAGUUAUGGGUCGAUUAUAUACAAGGAUAAUAUGGAAACGGAGAUUGCGGAAGAGAAGGAGGAUGAUAUCUUCAUCAAAAAGUUAAAGUACUACAGUCAAAUAUUGUACAGUGGUGGCGAUCCUUCGUACUCAAAGUAUGAGUAUUUGAAUGGCUCCAAAAACUUGAGAACUCCAGAAGAAAGAGUUAACGUAAAUUACUUUGAGCCAGUAAGGCGUCGUUCAAGUAGCAUGACUGAUCUAAAUGAAAAUUUCAAACGUUUAGGCGACUCGGAACCAGUACCUCAUGCUAUAUCUACCAUUCCUUCAUCCUGCACUUCACCAAGUGUUUCGCCCGUUCCUGGCUUAUUCGAAUAUAAUAGUAAGGUAGCUGUUUGCAUCCCAACAAGGUUUAAUUGUCAUCGAUGUAACCACAUGAUGUGUCCAUAUUGCUUAAAGAUACGAUUAAGGGAUCUAGACAAUUGA